CUCAUUGGUAGUUGAAGUUUGUCGCGUUUGUCUGCUUCGCGAGCGUCCCCAACAACUUUUCUAGACUUGUGUUGUUCGAAAUGUCUUCGGCGUCGACAUUUUCAGGCAAAGACUCACACAAGCGUGUGAGGAGUCACAGCAACCCAGGAUUCCUGCAACGAUUAGGUGACACAGCAGGAGGAACGCUUGUCGGCAUUGGACUGUUUUUCCUCUCCAUAUAUAUUCUCUUUACCAACGAGGGACGGGCUCUGCGGACGGCGUCGUCCCUGGAUGAAGGACUCACUCAGGUGGUGUCGCUGGACACUUUAGCCAGACUCGACUUGCAGAACAACAACCGCUUGGUUCACCUGUCUGCACCGUUGCGCACCUCCAAGACUUUAAAUGAUCCCAACUACAGAAUAGAAGUGCAGGCUGUAAAGUUGAAGAGACAGGUGGAGAUGUAUCAGUGGGUGGAGUACCAGGAGAGCCAAGACUACCAAGAGAACGGUGAAACUAAAACUGAGACCACGUACACCUACAACACCGAGUGGAAAUCAGAGCUGAUCAACAGUCGCAAUUUUGAUAAAGAAAUUGGUCACCAGAACCCCAGUGCCAUGGCAGUUGAGAGUGUGACAGUUGUAGCUCCUCAAGUCCAAGUUGGACCUUUCACUCUGUCGAAAGGAUUGGUGGACCAGAUUAAUAACUUCCAGACACUGAGCCUGACGGAUUUGACGUCCUCUGACUCGGACCCUUUCCUCACCAUCAGUGACGAUUAUUUCUAUCACACUCGGCAGCCAAAGAGGCCGGAGGUUGGAGAUGUCCGCGUGAGCUUCUCCUUCGCGGGACUCAGUGGUGAUGGCCCAGCCCAAACUGUCAGCGUUGUGGCCAAGCAGAGCGGAGAGCUGCUGGUGCCCUUCAAAACCAAGUCAGGAGAUGUUCUGGAGAUCUUGUACCUGGAGGAGCUGUCUGCAGAGGAAGUGUUUAUGAAGGAGCAGCAGCAUAACAGCAUGAAGACAUGGGGACUCCGAGCUGCCGGAUGGGCGCUCAUGUUCCUCGCCAUUCAGCUGACCAUGCGCAUCAUCUACACAUUGGUGGACUGGGUUCCUAUCCUGAGAGACCUCGUAUCUGUGGGGUUGAAGAUCUUCGCCUUGUGCGUGUCCUCCUCGCUCUCUCUCCUCACCAUCGCAGCCGGGUGGUUCUUUUAUAGACCUCUGACGGCGGCCGCUCUUGGUGCUUUGGCUCUCCUUCCUGUGCUCCUCGCACGCUCGGGACUCCCAGCCAAAAAGCAUCUGUGACUAAUAAUACCCUUAGUUGUAUGUAAAGAGGCAUGUGUUGUUUUAUUUUACUGCAUUGCUCUGUUCCAUGUAUGUUUCCAUACAUCAGUAUAUAGCGGGGGGGGGGGG